AUGUCGUCAACUACAGCACCAGCUGUUCCCUCCACAAUAGCCUCUUCAGCCCCAUCCAUAGAUGACAAGCCCCAAAGACUUGAACGAUCAGAAGAUGCCUUUACAACAGAUUCAGAGAAAGGCCCAGUAACUACCAGUCCACCACCUGAGCCUGAACAAGUGAGAACAGUUACUGGUUGGAAAUGGAUCGUCAUUUGUGUCGGUUUCUAUGUCGCUACUUUCUUAUACGGCUUGGAUAACACUAUCGCUGCUGAUAUUCAAUCUGCUGUCCUUGGAACCUACGGUGAUAUUUCAAAGCUGUCUUGGUUGGGUACUGGUUUCCCGUUGGGUUCCAUUGCUACGAUUCUCACUAUUGGUAAAGCAUAUGGCACUUUCAAUGUCAAGUGGACCCAUGUUGUUUCAGUCGUUAUCUUCAUCGUCGGUAGUGCUGUGUGCGGUGCGGCGCCUAACAUGAAUGCACUCAUUGUUGGAAGAGUCAUUGCCGGUGUAGGAGGUGCUGGAAUGUAUCUCGGGACCUUGAACUUGGUCGCCAUCAAUACUACCAUUACAGAACGUCCUCUUUAUCUGGGAGGUGUUGGUAUCACCUGGGGUCUUGGGACGAUUCUUGGUCCUGUCAUUGGAGGAGCCUUCGCAGAUUCAGAAGCAACCUGGCGAUGGGCCUUCUAUAUCAACUUAGUCAUCUUCGCUAUUGCUGUACCGGCUCUUCUUUUGAUCCCAUCAUUCGACCCACAACCCGACCUGGACGUCCUUCACAAAGUUAGGCACGUUGAUUGGAUUGGAGCUUUGUUAAACGCUGGUCUCUUUACUUCAUUCGUCAUCGCUCUUACCUUCGGUGGUGCCAACUGGCCUUGGAACGACGGACGCACCAUUGCCACAUUCGUCUCCUGUGGUGUUAUCUUCACCCUUUUCGCAGUCCAGCAACAAUUCUGCAUUUUCACCACACCCGAAGAUCGAUUGUUCCCAGUACAAUUCCUCAAAUCACGAACUAUGAUUCUCCUAUUCAUCUGUACCGCAGCAGCAGGAACCGCACUCUUCGUCCCAAUCUUCUACAUCCCUCUCUUCUUCCAAUUCUCCAAAGGCGAUGAUGGCAUUCAAGCCGCUGUCAGACUCAUGCCAUUUAUUGUUCUUUACAUUGUAGUCGUCAUGUCGCAAGGAAUACUUAUGCCAAAGAUUGGUUACUACUGGCCAUUUUUCGUUCUCUGGGGUAUGUUCGCUCUCGCUGGAGGUGCCGCAAUGACUACAGUCACCACCUCUACAAACGCAGGCUCGAUCUAUGGCUGGAGUAUUCUCAUCGCCAUUGGCUGCGGUAUGAUCACUCAAGCCUCCUACAGUAUCGCCCCAGCUAUCCUCGGCCGUGAUGGUCGUGGCCAAGAAGUCCCUGCAUCCAUCGGAUACAUCAACGUAGCUCAAAUCGGCGGUGUAGUCAUCGGUCUCGCAGUCUCCGGUACAGUUUUCCAGAGCACAGCAUUUAAGAAUGUCAACAACGCAUUUGCGGGCAAAGGCUUCUCAGCAGACCAAAUCAGAAGCGCAAUCGCCGGAUCCCAAAGUGCGCUAUUCCAAAGCGUGUCACAAGAACUUAGAGACAAAGCUAUUGAGGGAAUCGUGCAAGCAAUUGACAAAACUUACUACUUGGUUGUAGCUGGUGCGGCAUUGACAUUGCUAUUGAGUUUCUUGUUGAAGAGGGAGAAGUUGUUCAUGGAGAUGGCUGUAGGUGGAUAA